GACGGGCCACCGUCUCCACUAUAUAACCCAGCACCGGCCGGGACAGGCCAUCACAGCAGCUGCACCUACCGACAAGCGACAGCUCCCCUCCCCAUACCACCAUACUAAUCAUGAAGAUGCUGGCUCUUCUGACGCUGGUGGCCGCUGUCGCCGCCGACUCGCAGCCCCGCACCAGCUACGGUGCCGCCCCGGCCGUGCGUACCGUCGCCGCCCCCCUGCCCCUGGUCCGCAUCCUCGAGUCGUCCAGCACCAGCGACGACCAGGGCGGCUACGCCUUCCGCUUUUUCUCCGAGGACGACAUCGAGCGCGCGGAGGAAGCGGCCGACGGCACCGUGGCCGGCUCCUACAGCUACAUCUCGCACGAGGGCGUGCCCGUCAGCGUGCGUUACGUGGCCGACACGCUGGGCUUCCGGGCGGAGAGCGACGCACUGCCCACGCCCGUGCCCACCGAGUACCCGACGACCGAGGUGCCUUCCACCGAGACGGCGCCAGAGGUGCGCACCGUGCAGGAGGGCUACUCGGCGCCGGAGCGGCAGGUGUUGGUUCUUCUAACGCUGGUGGCCGCCGUCGCCGCCGACUCGCAGCCCCGCACCAGCUACGGCGCCGCCCCGGCCGUGCGUACCGUCGCCGCCCCCCUGCCCCUGGUCCGCAUCCUCGAGUCGACCAGCACCAGCAACGACCAGGGCGGCUACGCCUUCCGCUUCCUUUCCGAGGACGACAUCCAGCGGCAGGAGGAGUACCCGACGCCUGAGGUGCCGUCCACCGAGGCGGCGCCCGAGGUGCGCACCGUGCAGGAGGGCUACUCGGCGCCGGAGCGGCAGGUGCCUGCCUUCUAG